AUGAAUCUUGGUCGAAUACGUCAAUACCCUCUUCAUCACCAUUCCCAACCCAUCUCCUUCCGAUCCCUCCACCUUGCCUCUUCCCCUCGUCAGGCGGGAUGCUUCACUCCCCGAAUAUCCCUACUUCAGAGUACAUCCCCUUUCUUAAAACGAUCUUUCAAUGCAACCGCUAGGGAUCUGAUACGAUCGAGCUACUUCCCUAAAGGUGGUAAUGGCGGGUACGGCGGUGGGUAUGGUGGAGGUGGAGGGGGUAGUUGGUUCUCUAGGUUGAGAAGCAGGAUAGAUAGGAUACCUACUAUGACACUUAUAUAUGGAUUGAUAGGAUUGAAUGGAGGUGUAUUCUUACUUUGGCAGUAUGCUAUAUCAAGUGCACAACGAUUCAGAGAUCCGACCUUGUUUUUCUUCUUGCAGAAGAACUUCAUAUUGAACGAAGUGAAUGUAUUCUCUGGCAGGAUAUGGACUCUAGUGACUUCCGCUUUCUCCCAUAUGUCCGGAUCGCACAUCUUCGUGAAUUGCCUGGGUUUGUAUUUCUUGGCUCCCGCAGCGGCUGGUCUCAUGGGCUCAUCAGCGUUCCUAGGUUUAUAUCUCGGAGCCGGUAUAUUCUCUUCUCUCACUUCAUUGACGUACCAUCGAUUGCAGAGAGAUAGGUGGAUGGGCAGUGAAGGUGCAUCAGGUGCCAUAUACGCUUGCUUGUCAUUCUACGGAGCGAUGUUCCCUCAAUCUACUGUAUUGAUGUUCUUCGUCAUCCCCAUGCCAGUCUGGGUAGCGAUCAGUGGUAUAUUCGCUUGGGAUUUCUACGGAGCGUUAUUCAGACCUAAUUCCGGUACUGACUCUGCUGGUCAUUUGGGAGGUAUCACCUACGGUUUACUCGCUGCUUUGGCGAUGAGGAGAGGCGGGUUCACGAGGAUGUUAAGAGGUGGAGGUAGGAGGUGGUAG